AUGGUGUCGCCCACAGAGCCUACCAAGGUCGAGACCGCAACCAAGGAUCAGCCUGCUGCCCCUACCGAAGCCGCCGACCAAGACCUCAAGCCCGUAAUCACCACUACCACCACCACCAAUGCGCAGCCGCUGGCGCCUCCACCAAAGCCCGCGCCCACGACAACCGGUGAUACACCCGACUACUUCAACACUGUACACAACCCCUUCUCGUUGGAGCCAAACGUCUUUGAGCAGUCCUUUGGCGGCAACGGCAGCGUAGAGACUCCCGGCGGCCGUACCGUACUCCCGCCUGUCGCCAACAUUACGUCACCAUCACCACUGCCCGGUAUCACGCCUGGCUGGCAGUCGUUGCGCGCAGGACCUCUGAGCCCUGCUAUGCUCAGUGGGCCAACGGGCCAGACCGACUACUUCAGCGAGUCGUUUAGAGGCUUCCCAACCCCCAACGAGUCUUCGCUCCGCACUGGUCUUACACCUGGCGGCGGUGGGUCCAUGUUCCCGGUUCCGAGUCCUAACACGCAGGCCAUUUUCAAUCUCCAGAGCGCUGGUGUCACGCCUGGCACUGCUGACUUCCAACAGUCUGCUAUGCGCGCAGCCGCUCAGGCUAACCACAACAAGCCAAUAACAAGCGCACCAACCUCUCAACCCGAAGCAGUAUCCGCAGGAAUGGAUCGACAAAACAAUUUCCAGCCACAACAGCAGCGGCCUCCAAACGACCCAUAUGCAAAUCAUGACGUCAGUAGUGCGGCUAAUGACCUUUUGUCCUUUGCAAGCCAGAACGGCGGCCCUCGUAACGGUCAGCCCCCGUUCUCCAUGCCUCAACAACCACAAUCCAUGAACGCUGGACACAUGCCCGUUCAACCCAUUAAUCAGAACCAUGGUCGUCGCGACACCAAGGGCUCCAUCAACAGUAUCCAGUCUGCAGAGACGGGCGACUUCUCCGAGAGCGGCCAGAGUGAGCAGACCAAAACAGCUACGCGCUCACGUGCAAAGAAGGGCGCCGCUAACGGCAAACAAGCUGCUGGUACCAAGCGCAAGGCUGACGAUGCCCCGAAAGGAGGCAGGAAGAAGCCCCACGCUGCCCCAUCGAUCGGUGACGACAUGGAGGAUGACUCUGACGAUGAGAAUAAUAUCAAAGAAGAGGAAUACGACAGCAAAGGCAAAAAGAUGACGGACGAGGAGAAGCGAAAGAACUUCCUCGAGCGGAAUAGGGUCGCUGCUCUUAAAUGCCGACAACGUAAGAAACAAUGGCUGGCCAACCUGCAGUCCAAGGUCGAGCUCUUCAGUACAGAAAAUGACGCUCUGUCUGCUACUGUCACUCAACUCCGCGAGGAGAUUGUCAACCUCAAGACGCUUCUUCUCGCCCACAAGGAAUGCCCCGUCUCGCAAGCCCAAGGCUUACAUGGAGCUGCCAUGAACAACUUCCUUGGGAGUGACAUCAACCACCAGAAUCCCUACGGAAUUGCACAAAUGGCACCCAACGGCGUCCAUAUGAUGCCUAUGCAGCCCGGCCAGAUGAUGAACCGGUUCGUAUACCCACCCCCUCGGAUACCGAGUGCUGCCGAACAAGAGAACGCACACUAUUCUCCGAAAUACUAG